ACCAUCGACAACCCGACUUGAAGCGGCGCAUUGAAGCACGCGAGCGCUCAGCGACAGCGCAGCGUCUAAAAGACACUUUACUAACAAAAAACAGGUUUGCGAAGUCAUUGGAAAGAGCCUUGACCCUGACUGCGGUCACCGCACAACGAUCUCUACUCCCCGACCUCACCUCCUCAAGCUUGCCAGUCUUUGGUGCAACGAUGUCUUCCUCAGCAAGCCGAGCUGCCGUCAGCACUCCCGUCAGAUCGACGCCGCAAAAGUCCACCCCCAUCGUCGACAGUCCUGGCACAUGGAGACAUCCUCGUCUGAACGAGAUCACAAGACGGCGGAACGCGACGACCUUUUCCGAAAAGAACGUUAGAAGAAUAGCUCUGAACGUUGGAUUUCUUCUCAGUCUCUGGCUGUCCCAGAUCCUGUCACGUUCAUACAUUCCUGCACAAUGGUUCAGUAGCUCUCUGCGGUCAUAUCUGGGCUGGGCAUACUAUCUGGUCCAGCUCAUUCCGCUGUUCAACAUUGGCAUAGCUAUGCUGCCUCUGCUCCGAUCCGCCGAUGAUCUAUCCGACAUCCCCCUGACGCCUGCCCAGCGCCAACUUCUCGGACUGCCGCCCAGUUCUGCGGCAGCAACACCUGAUGCUGUGUACAGCACCCCGCCACGUUACUCGCGGACGCCUUCUCUGGCAGGUUCGCCUGCGAGCAACCGGAGCUUCUCUGGCUCCCCGCUUUCCGGCAGAGGCAGCCCAGCUCUCGGGAGCUCUUUCAACGGAAACGGCUCCUUCAACGGAAAUGGACAGUCCUACUCUCCUUCGCCCCUUCACAACAGUCCUUCCAAGUUCUCGGCCAGUCUGAACAGCAACAGGAGAUCGUCCUUCGGCUCCUCCACGAACCUGGGAGCGAGCACUGCAUCUUCCCUCUUCCCUGACCCGGGAACGCCGAGCCCAUCUACCGGAAAGCACACCAGCGUAGGACUGAAUAACAAGUGGCUUUACGAGAGAGGGAGGAGAUCUUCAGGUGGUAACUGGAUGCAUUAGGCGAUGACUGCGCACUAUGCCUUCAAGUUCUGAAGAGAAUUUGGGAGAUGGAUGACUGCGGCCAGUGGGAUGGAUACCUGGCGAAAGGCGUUUGGGUGUUAUGUUUCUCAUGGGGUGGAGACAAAAGAUGACUAGAUGCCUCACAAUAAAGUCAAAGAAACCCCAGACUGUACAUAAAUGUUGGCGUGGAACAUAUAAAUCAAUCGAGGGACUGAAUAUGAAGGGUCCUGUCUCAAUCUGGAAGGAAAGGCCUGUGCCAUUGCGUACCUACCUACUCAGGUGCAGUAGCUCCAGUCUGUUCACAUGCCAAGCUCCAGGACAGUCAGUGAAUGAGUAGCGAGCCACGAGCCAAUGUUGCAAGCAUAGUACGGAUAAAUGCGCAGGAGUUGGGAAAUGGUAACUCAAGUCUGGCCUAAAGUUCUGGUAACUCGACAAUGGCAGUCUGCGG